AUGAAAGAGCCUCAACCCCCACCAGCAGACAUCCCCGUCAGCACUGGCAAUUCCUCCACAGCUGCUACACAAAGAACUCCCCGCUUCAUCGUCAUCGGCGCCGGCUCUCGAGGAAAUGCCUACGCCCGCGCUGUGAAAACAACCACCCCUGGCGUCAUCCAUGCCGUGGCCGAGCCACACGAUUUCAAGCGUCGCGAAUUCGGACGAGACUAUAUAUGGGGAACGGACGGGUCUCCAAGCGAAGGACAAGAAUUCACAGACUGGAGAGAAUGGGUGCAAUGGGAAAUUGAGCGACGGAAGAAGACCAUCGCUACCGACGGCGACGAUAGCUCCAGUACUGCAAUUCCCCUUGGGGUAGAUGGAGUCUUCAUCUGCACAUUGGACGAGACACAUGUCGAGAUUAUCCAAGCCAUCGCCCCUCUGCAACUCCAUAUUCUCUGCGAGAAACCCCUCGCUCUCUCCCUAGACGAUUGUCUAACCGUCUACCGAACCCUCCAACCACAGCCCCAAUCCGCAAGCCAACGACCCAACCCACCAGCAACAAUCUUCUCCAUCGGCCACGUCCUCCGCUACAGCCCGCACAACACCCUGCUUCGCAAGCUCCUCCUGACCGACCGCGUCAUCGGCGACAUCGUUUCCCUCGAACACACCGAACCUGUUGGCUGGUGGCACUUCUCCCACAGCUACGUCCGAGGAAACUGGCGACGCGCCACAGCCAAUGGCGACGGCUCCCUCCUCACAAAGUCCUGCCACGACAUCGAUUUCAUCCUAUGGCUACUCUGCUCGCCGACUUCUCUCGAGGAUGCGCGCCACCAGCCGCAUUUCCCGCGAUCUAUCUCGUCAGCGGGCUCGUUGACGCAGUUCCGUCAUGCGAGGAAACCCGUUGCGGCUGGUGAUGCGACGAAUUGCGUCUCUUGUCCUAUCGAGCGGGAAUGUAACUACAGUGCGGUGCGGAUUUACAAGGAUAGACACCUAGGGAAAGGUCAUCGUAAGUGGCCGGUGGAUAUUGUAUGCCCAGACAUCGAGGACGUGUUUAGAGUGUCAGGACGCGCAGCCGCAGAAGAGCAUUUACUCUCGCGAUUGCGGGAGGACUAUGAUGUCCAUGUCCAGUCAGACGCUGACAUCGCCACGAAACCAUGGUACGGGCGAUGCGUGUACGAAGCAGACAAUAACGUUUGCGACGACCAAGUCGUGACACUCGCCUGGGAUGACGAGGACUCCCAGCCGAAACGACUAGCCAAAACAGCUACUUUCCAUAUGAUCGCGCCAACAGAGAAACAAUGUGAGCGACGCGGUCGUGUAUACGGGACAACGGGGGAGAUUGAAUAUGACAGCAACACCAUCUCGAUUUAUGACUUUGCGUCUGCAACGACGAGGAAGAUCGAUGUUCCCCGUCCACCACCGGAGAGGGCUGAGUCUCAUGGUGGUGGUGAUUAUGGUCUUGCGGGACAGUAUGUCCAUGCUGUGAAUGCCGUGAUGAAUAAGGGGAUUGAUGUUGAGACUGCGCAGGCAAGGUUCAUUGGGUGUACGCUUGAGGAAGCGGUGCAAAGUCAUGCGGUGGUCUUUGCUGCGGAGGAGGCGAGGAGGGAGGAGCGUGUUGUUAAGUGGAAGGAGUGGUGGGAGGAGAAGUUGAAGUUGAAGGACUCGGUUGUUGCUUAG